CUUUUGUUCGGUUACUGAGUUGCUGCCUUGGCCAGAGUCCGGAGCAGCCACCGCCCGAGUGCGCUGAGCUCGGUUCGCAGCCCGCGCCGGCUCCCAUCCCGGACCGACCCCUACCCAGCCCGGCCAGGCUCCAAACGCAGGUGCGGACGAUCGGGGCAGCGGCCACCAUGGACGUGAUGAACCUGAUCGAACAACCCAUCAAGGUGAGCGAGUGGCAACAGACGUACACCUACGACUCGGGCAUCCACUCGGGGGUCAAUACCUGCGUGCCCUCGGUCAGUGGCAAAGGCGUCACGGAUGAGGACGAGGCCUGUGGGCGCCAGUACAUGCUCAAGAAGACCACCACCACCUACACCCAGAUGGUGCCCCAGAGCCCAGGUGACCUGGAUUACCAGAUGUCCACGACAGCCAGAGCCAAGCGGGUGCGGGAGGCCAUGUGUCCUGGUAUGACAGGAGAGGACAGCUCCCUGCUGGCCACCCAGGUGGAGGGACAGACCACCAACCUGCAGCGGCUGGCCGAGCCAUCCCAGCUCCUGAAGUCGGCCAUUGUGCAUCUCAUCAACUACCAGGACGACGCCGAGCUGGCCACCCGGGCCCUUCCUGAGCUCACCAAACUGCUCAACGACGAGGACCCGGUGGUGGUGACCAAGGCGGCCAUGAUCGUGAACCAGCUGUCGAAGAAGGAGGCGUCUCGGCGGGCGCUGAUGGGCUCGCCCCAGCUGGUAGCAGCCGUCGUGCGUGCCAUGCAGAACACCAGCGACCUGGACACAGCCCGCUGUGCCACCAGCAUCCUUCACAACCUUUCCCACCACCGCGAGGGGCUGCUUGCCAUCUUCAAGUCGGGUGGCAUCCCUGCCCUGGUCCGCAUGCUCAGCUCCCCCGUGGAGUCGGUCCUUUUCUACGCCAUCACCACGCUGCACAACCUGCUGCUCUACCAGGAGGGCGCCAAGAUGGCGGUGCGCCUGGCAGACGGGCUGCAGAAGAUGGUGCCCCUGCUCAACAAGAACAACCCCAAGUUCCUGGCCAUCACCACCGACUGCCUGCAGCUCCUGGCCUACGGCAACCAGGAGAGCAAGCUCAUCAUCCUGGCCAACGGAGGACCCCAGGCUCUCGUGCACAUUAUGCGCAACUACAGUUACGAGAAGCUGCUCUGGACCACCAGCCGUGUGCUCAAGGUGCUGUCCGUGUGUCCCAGCAAUAAGCCCGCUAUUGUGGAGGCUGGUGGGAUGCAGGCCCUGGGCAAACACCUGACAAGCAGCAGCCCCCGCCUCGUGCAGAACUGCCUCUGGACCCUGCGCAACCUCUCGGACGUGGCCACCAAGCAGGAGGGCCUGGAGAGUGUGCUGAAGAUUCUGGUGAACCAGCUGAGCGUGGACGACGUCAAUGUCCUCACCUGUGCCACGGGCACUCUGUCCAACCUGACCUGCAACAACAGUAAGAACAAGACGCUGGUGACGCAGAACAGUGGCGUGGAGGCGCUCAUCCAUGCCAUCCUGUGUGCGGGUGACAAGGAUGACAUCACAGAGCCCGCCAUCUGUGCCCUGCGCCACCUCACCAGCCGCCACCCCGAGGCCGAGAUGGCUCAGAACUCCGUGCGCCUCAACUACGGCAUCCCGGCCAUCGUCAAGCUGCUCAACCAGCCCAACCAGUGGCCGCUGGUCAAGGCAACCAUCGGCCUGAUCAGGAAUCUGGCCCUGUGCCCAGCCAACCAUGCCCCACUGCAGGAGGCAGCGGUCAUUCCCCGCCUGGCCCAGCUGCUGGUCAAGGCCCACCAGGAUGCCCAGCGCCACAUGGCUGCAGGCACACAGCAGCCCUACACGGAUGGCGUGAGGAUGGAGGAGAUCGUGGAAGGCUGCACCGGAGCCCUGCACAUCCUCGCCCGGGAUCCCAUGAACCGCAUGGAGAUCUUCCGACUCAACACCAUCCCCCUGUUUGUGCAGGUGAGUCUGGGGCAGGUAGGCAGGAGAGGUUCCCCCAACCCCUGCUUCUCCCCACUGCUGAAAGGGGAAGGUUGACAGCCAUGAGUUUGA